AUGGCGGGUGCCCUGGCCACCUUCUCCAUCGCCCUGCGCUUCCCGGGCAACCAGAGCGUGCUGCCCGAUGGCCGCGUGGUGUGGGGGCAGAACUGCACCGUCAAUGCCCAAAACCCCCCGGAACCCGCCCUGAAACACCCCGAAACCAGCCCAAAACCCCCGGAACCCGCCCUGAAACACCCCGAAACCAGCCCAAAACCCCCGGAACCCGCCCUGAAACACCCCGAAACCAGCCCAAAACCCCCGGAACCCGCCCUGAAACACCCCGAAACCAGCCCAAAACCCCCGGAACCCGCCCUGAAACACCCCGAAACCAGCCCAAAACCCCCGGAACCCGCCCUGAAACACCCCGAAACCAGCCCAAAACCCCCGGAACCCGCCCUGAAACACCCCGAAACCAGCCCAAAACCCCCGGAACCCGCCCUGAAACACCCCGAAACCAGCCCAAAACCCCCGGAACCCGCCCUGAAACACCCCGAAACCAGCCCAAAACCCCCGGAACCCGCCCUGAAACACCCCGAAACCAGCCCAAAACCCCCGGAACCCGCCCUGAAACACCCCGAAACCAGCCCAAAACCCCCGGAACCCGCCCUGAAACACCCCGAAACCAGCCCAAAACCCCCGGAACCCGCCCUGAAACACCCCGAAACCAGCCCAAAACCCCCGGAACCCGCCCUGAAACACCCCGAAACCAGCCCAAAACCCCCGGAACCCGCCCUGAAACACCCCGAAACCAGCCCAAAACCCCCGGAACCCGCCCUGAAACACCCCGAAACCAGCCCAAAACCCCCGGAACCCGCCCUGAAACACCCCGAAACCAGCCCAAAACCCCCGGAACCCGCCCUGAAACACCCCGAAACCAGCCCAAAACCCCCGGAACCCGCCCUGAAACACCCCGAAACCAGCCCAAAACCCCCGGAACCCGCCCUGAAACACCCCGAAACCAGCCCAAAACCCCCGGAACCCGCCCUGAAACACCCCGAAACCAGCCCAAAACCCCCGGAACCCGCCCUGAAACACCCCGAAACCAGCCCAAAACCCCCGGAACCCGCCCUGAAACACCCCGAAACCAGCCCAAAACCCCCGGAACCCGCCCUGAAACACCCCGAAACCAGCCCAAAACCCCCGGAACCCGCCCUGAAACACCCCGAAACCAGCCCAAAACCCCCGGAACCCGCCCUGAAACACCCCGAAACCAGCCCAAAACCCCCGGAACCCGCCCUGAAACACCCCGAAACCAGCCCAAAACCCCCGGAACCCGCCCUGAAACACCCCGAAACCAGCCCAAAACCCCCGGAACCCGCCCUGAAACACCCCGAAACCAGCCCAAAACCCCCGGAACCCGCCCUGAAACACCCCGAAACCAGCCCAAAACCCCCGGAACCCGCCCUGAAACACCCCGAAACCAGCCCAAAACCCCCGGAACCCGCCCUGAAACACCCCGAAACCAGCCCAAAACCCCCGGAACCCGCCCUGAAACACCCCGAAACCAGCCCAAAACCCCCGGAACCCGCCCUGAAACACCCCGAAACCAGCCCAAAACCCCCGGAACCCGCCCUGAAACACCCCGAAACCAGCCCAAAACCCCCGGAACCCGCCCUGAAACACCCCGAAACCAGCCCAAAACCCCCGGAACCCGCCCUGAAACACCCCGAAACCAGCCCAAAACCCCCGGAACCCGCCCUGAAACACCCCGAAACCAGCCCAAAACCCCCGGAACCCGCCCUGAAACACCCCGAAACCAGCCCAAAACCCCCGGAACCCGCCCUGAAACACCCCGAAACCAGCCCAAAACCCCCGGAACCCGCCCUGAAACACCCCGAAACCAGCCCAAAACCCCCGGAACCCGCCCUGAAACACCCCGAAACCAGCCCAAAACCCCCGCCCCCCCAAGGUGGCACUGACCCUACCAUGGGUCACACCGUGGUAGCACUGACCCCCCCAAGGUGGCACUGA